UAAAAUUUCACCAUCUGUUGAGAUGUAGGUGAAACUAAAGAUCGAAAUGCCAAUAGGACUCUGCAACACUCGACAAUAACGAGAAUCUUAUUAACUCGCUAUUCGCUAUGGCUCAAAAAUCAGGUCUGAUGCCCAACUUGACUCCUGCAUACAGCAAUACAGAUUCCAAGAAGAGGUACCAAUGGAAAAAAUAUAACAAAUACUUUGAUGAAACAACAAUGCCAUUCAAACUGUAGGGAGAAAAUUAAUUGUUAGUCUUAAUUUUAUUAAAUAUAUUUACAUCAAUCA